ACCAACCCAACGACAUCGCCAUCAAUCUGGUUUUUUUUUUAGCAAUUCGACUUGACGAAUUCUACUUUAGCUGACUGACUUUAGUGUGAGCGUUGCUUUUACCGUGAUUUACUGCUGUGGGUAAACUGCGUGAAGCUUCGUGACCUAAGUUCCCCAUUUCGGGUGCCCAGGACACACUGGGGACUUCUAGUACAUCUUGAAAACUACUUCACCUGUAACCCUGUCUGACUCACACAACAACAUGAAGCCCGCCCCAGGCGUUGUGGUCGCAGAUGAAAUGUUCCCCGAAGGUGCGGGGCCCUACACAGAUCUCGAAGAAGCCGGGGGAUCUAGCGGAUUACUCAUGGACUUGGCAGCAAAUGAAAAAUCUGUCCACGCAGAUUUUUUCAAUGAUUUUGAUGACAUGUACGAUGAUGAUGACCUACAGUGAAGACGACCCUGUUUCAUGUAAAUAAUCAAUGUUGUAAAUGUAUUGUGAAACAUAAAAGUACUGUUUUAUCAAAUU